AUGAACAACUAUUGGGAUGUAGGUCAGUUCUUCAAUGUGAGCAUGCUGGCCAGUGACAUCGGAAAAGCUGUACAGGCAGCCGAACGUCUUUUUAAGCUGAAACCUCCAGUCUGGUACCUACGAUCUGUGGUACAAAAUCUGCUUCUGAUACAGCGAUUCAAGAAACUCAACACAGAACAUUCCCCACGGCAAGAGAGGCUGAAUUUCUGGAUGGACAUAAUUGUAGAGGCAACAAAAGAGUCUACAAAUGGACUAAGAUUUCCGGUUCUGGUCUUGGAGCCUACAAAGGUUUAUCAGCCCUCAUAUGUCUCUAUAAACAAGGAGGCUGAUGAGAGAACAGUUUCAUUAUGGCACGUGUCCCCUGUGGAAAUGAAAGGGAUUCAUGAGUGGAACUUCACUGCUUCUUCCAUAAGGGGUAUAAGG